AUGACGCGUGCUCCUUGAAUCGUGGAAAAGUGCUGCUAUCGCAAUUCUGCGAGGUUUCCGUAGGAAGCCGACGCACAUCCUCAUUUUUCGUGUAUCGCCCUUGCGCUCCACUUGCAAUGAAUCAUUGUCCCGAUUUCUGCUUAAAGAAGCUGAAUAUUUCUUUAUUUCGCCGCUCGUGCCGAUCCGGAAGUAUACGUUGUUGUGUAUAAUAGUUUUUUGCAGUGUUGUGAUGGGUAAAAGUUGUAGUUUGUAGUAAAUUUACACAAGUGUUUUGUUUAUCAAUUUGCCGCUCCUACACCGCGACGGACGCUGCUUGUAAAUAGAGGCUGUAAAUAUAAUUAUAGCAGAUAAAGAUGAGUUUGGGAGCACGCGCCACCAAGGGUGGUGCGAAGGGGAAGGACAAAGCCCAGGACAAGUCCAAGGGCGUCGACAAACCACCGGCCAAGGAGAAGGUCAAACAACAGCUACAGGCAACCACAGAACAGAUGCGUAUGGCAAACAUGAUCGACCGUAAAAGCGACGACACCACGGACGUCCGAAGAAUGGUGCUAGAGCUGAUGGAGAUGACGUGUCGCACCGAGGAGGAGGUUUGCUCGGCGCUGCACGACUCGGACAACGACAUGGUCGCCGCCUGCAAUCUGCUUCUGGAGGAGAGUCAGCGAAUACAGGGUGAGUGGCAGACAAAUGAAAAGAAGAAGAAAAAGCCACCCGCCGCCGCCGGCAACGGCGAGCCGGAGCCGCCUCGCGAGCGAGAGGCGCGCGAGCCGAGAGAAAGGUCCGGCGCGCCGCGUCCUCGUCGCGGGGAAGCGGAGAGUCGCGGGCGAGGCCGCGGCGCGGCGCGGGGGCGCGCGCGCGGCGCCCGGCGCGGCCCGCCCGGCCGGCCGCGCCCGCCGCGCGACGCCGAGCGCGGCGAGCACGGUGCGUACCCCGCCUGCUCACUCCACGCUGGCCGCACGCCGAGCGAGGAAAACUCCGUGCUCAUGCGCACACGCGCGGAAGACUGGGACAACGAGGAGUGGUCAGGAUCUCUGUCGGACACCAAGGUAUUCACGCCCAGCACCGCGACCACGGGCGACGAGCCUGCCCCAGUCACCACGGUAACUACUCAUAUACCCGCACACAACAUAGCGGACUCAUUCCCCAGCGCGGAACACUGGGACAACGGGGAGUGGUCAGGAUCUCUGUCGGACACCAAGGUGUUCACGCCCAGCACCGCGACCACAGGCGACGAGCCCGCCCCAGUUACUACGGUAACUACUCAUAUACCCGCACACAACAUAGCUGACUCAUUCCCCAGCGCGGAAGACUGGGACAACGAGGAGAGGCGACGAGCCCGCCCCAGUCACCACGGUAACUACUCAUAUACCCGCACACAACAUAGCGGACUCAUUCCCAGCGCGGAAGACUGGGACAACGAGGAGUGGUCAGGAUCUCUGUCGGACACCAAGGUAUUCACGCCCAGCACCGCGACCACGGGCGACGAGCCUGCCCCAGUCACCACGCAGGAGGAGUGCUGGGACACGCCCGCGGCCAACGGCGCGGAGCACAUCCCCAGUUACAGCUACAGUCGCCUGCCUGAGCCGAGGGCGCCCGUUCCGCAGAUCAGCCAGGCCCACGCCGCGCCGCCCAGCGCCUCGCCCGCGCCCGCCGCGCCGGCCGCCGAGCCGCAGCCGCGCCACCAGCCCAUGGGUAUGUCGGGGUCGCUUUCGGCGGCGCAGUCCCAGUACCUGUCGCAACUCACCCAGCAAUCGCAACGGCAUGACAACAGUGUAUAUUCGUCAAAUUAUGGUGUUUACGGUUCUUCAGAUAUAACGAGUCAAAGAAAACCACAACGAGCGAGGGUACCACCUCCUUCAAAGAUUCCGUCGUCAGCGGUGGAGAUGCCCGGUGGCGAGGGCGGCGCCAUGUUCCUGGACGUGCAGUUCGGAGCGCUGGAGCCCGACCUCACCGAGCCCACGCCCCCGCCACAACCACAGCCGCAGCCGCAACCGCAGCCCGUCUCUGCGCCGCAGCCCGCUCAACCUCCCAAACCGCUCGCCACGGCGGUAACGGCAGCGCCCGAGCCGGCGCCGGCGCCCGCGCACGAGCCCGCACCGGAGCCCAGUGUCACGUACGCCAACACCAACAGCAUGUUACCUGAAAGUUUAGCGCCAGAACCAGUCCCCGCACCAGCCGAGCCUGCCGCGCCACAGCCUAACAGUCUAGAAAAGCAAUUAACAGCAGCAAUGAAGCAGCUGGCCGUAUCCGCAGGAGACGCGCCGCAAGCGGCACCACAGCUGCACCGACACAAGGCCAUGGGUCAGCAGAACGUGUACGCCGCACACCACGCCGCCGCGGCGGCGCACCACCCUCCGGUAUACGGAGCCAACGUCUACGCGCCACAGGCAAGCUCAACGAACGCGUCGCUAACGUCCGGCAUGUCGGCGCCGGCGUACGGCUCCGCGGCCGCGCUCACCCAGUACCAGCCGAUGAUGAACUCAUACCAGACGUCGUCGUCAGCGGGAGUGUACGCGGGCAGUGCGCUAUACACGUACCAGCCCAGUCCACAGGCCAAACUACCCACUAAGGAAAACACGCCACAGUAUGACAACUCCGUAGCAUCUAGUAAUAAUAGUUUAACCAGCACAUCAACGACACAGAGCUCAACCGCCAAAGUAGCCACAACCACAGUAAGCGCAGGCGCGAACGCGGGAGCCAACGCGGCGAACGCGGGCGUGACGGGAGCGGGCGCGAGCGCGGGCUACGGCGCCGCGCUGUACGGCGGCGUGCAGCCCACCGGCUACCAUUACGACGAGGCGCAGCUCAUCACCAGGACACUCCCCCACCACAUGGGCGGAUACUAUGAAGUAGGAUACGGUGUCGGAGGCGCGCGAGAAGGCACGUUCGGUCUCGGGCCCACAGACAGGUUCACGCGCACCGACGCCGCCUCACCACAGCAAGUCAGCCAGGUCCCCGCGGCUUUACCGCCCGGUUAUGCGUACUUCUACCAACCUCCCCCCACGACGUACCAAUAUGGAGUAUACCCCACGUACGGCGGCGGGUCUAACGUUGGUGGCGUCGGCGGCGUCGGCGGCGUAGGAUCCGUGUCCGGCGCUGUGUCCGGCGGCGGCAAGGUCUCCAGCUACUCGCAGCAACAACCGCCGUACGACCAAGACUCAUACAAGCCUGGUGGUGGAUACAACGCGAGCGCGAACAAGGCAGCAGCGGGCGCGCCGCCCGAGCUAGCGUCUGCCAUGUACGCCAAGACUCACGUUGCGCUCAACAAAGUCAAUAGCUACGAAAAGGCGACGUUCCACAGCGGCACGCCGCCGCCGUUCGGCGCCGGCUCGCACCUCUACAUCCCCGCGCCGCACUCCGCGCACCACCCGCACCACCACCAGCACCAGAUGGAUGUACGGGUGAACAGUAGUCAUAAUAGGCGGGAGAGCGGCGCGGCGCGCGCGGCGGCCAAGCCGGCGGCCAGCAAGCCCAGCUACUCGCAGUCCUACUGGGCGCCCAACUAGUGACCGCCCGUGCGACCGUGUCCCCGGGCACCUGUAAAUAGUCGCCACGUGGUGGGCGCUCCUCCAAACAAAACUGAUUAAUGUAAAAUACGCAAGGAAUUUGAAUGACCUAUGUUAAUAUUUCGUUCACGCCGGCGCCGGCCGUAGGUCUUCGCCCGAUAGGAUAUUGUUUAAAUUUAACUGUAGAACUAUGUAUAUCUUAUCUUUGUAAUAUGUAUAUGUAUGUAAGCGUUUGGUACGCUAUGCGCGCCGAAUCUUUUUGUAUUUAGUUGACAGAGUUUUUGUAAUUACAUAUUAUAGUUGAAUAAACGUUCAGCGAUCUAUAAAGUAACGUAACUACCGUAGUCGAGGUCUUUUUUAUGUGAAAGAAUGCAAUGUGUUGAUCUCGCGGGCAUUUGAAAGUAUGAGGGAAUUACACGUAUUGGAACUUGA